AUGCGAGGAAAACUUAGUUUACCAGGAGCUCCAUCAGCACCGGGCAGUCCGGGUGGUCCAGGAGGUCCUGGUUCGCCCGCUGGGCCUGGAUCUCCGGGAAUAAGUGGCUCAGACACGGCGUCAAUUCCUGGCUCUCCUGGUGCUCCAGGUGCUCCAGGAUUUCCCGGUGGUCCUGGAGGUCCUUUCGGUCCAGGCGGGCCAGGAGGAGCAUCUGUUCCUGGUGCUCCAGGAGCUCCAUUUGGUCCAGGAUCUCCUGGAGGUCCUUGCGGUCCUGGUGGUCCGGGUGGUCCUUGCGGGCAUGGCUUGCAUGGAGGUGGAGUGAUAGGUUCGCACGGUUGCUGCGGAGGACGACCUGGGCUUCCGGGUAGUCCGGGAGCUCCAGGCUUUCCUGGUCUGCCAGGUUUUCCUGGCAUUCCAGCGGGACCCGGGGGACCUGGCAGACAACACGCCUCGCAGAUGUUGGCUGUCUCACUUACACCAGAAACACCGGCUUCCCCGUAUCCAGCCUGA